UUCCUUAGUGGCUGCACCAAUUUACAUUUUCACUGAUAGUGCACAAGGGUUCCCCUUUGUCUGCAUGCAUACCAACAUUUGUCAUUUCUUGUCUUUUUGAUAAUAGCCAUUCUAAUAUGUGUGAGGUGAUAUCUCAUUGUGGUUUUGAUUUGCAUUUUGAUUUGGGUCUUUUUUUAUAUCUUAUGUUCUCUAUAUCUACUUAACUUUUUAAACAUAUGUGAUGCAGUUAUUGCUGUUUUGACAGCCUCAUCUAAUAAUUCUGAAAUCUGUGCAAGUUCUGGGUCAGGUUUGGUUGCUUAUUCUCAUUAUGGAUAAUGAGGGGAAUUUCCCUGCUUCUUUGCAUGCCUGGUAAUCUUCGAUUGGAUGCCAGAAGUAAAUUUUACCUGGUCGAGUGCUAGAUAUUUUAGUAUUCCUGUAAAUAUUCUUGAGCUUUGUUCUGGGAUACAGUUAAGUUACUUGAACACAGUGUGAUUCUCACUUUUAAGGAUUGCUAGAUGGAAGCAGAGCUGUAUUUACUUUAGGGUUAAUUGGGCCCCACUGCUGAGGCAAGUCCCUUUCGCGUUCUCUCCCCAGUACCCUGUGACUUAGGAGGUUUCCCAGGCUAGUGGGUGGGGACAGGUACUAUUCCCAGCUUUCUGUGGCUGUUGGGUACUGUUACCUCUAAUCCCUUUGAGUGGUUCUUUCCCUGGCUUGGGGUAGUUCACUUACAGGCAUAUGCUGACCAGUAUACUCAAGGCGGGGCCCCCUCCACAGAUCUCCAGAGUCCUCUUUCUGCAGCUCUCCCAUCUCCAGUAUUCUGUCCUGCAAACUCUAGCUUCUUGGUCUUUCUGGACCCUCAGUUCCAUCUCAACUGGAGAAGUCAGCCGGGCCCUCCCUGAGACAGGGCAGGAACUCUCUCAGGCAGUAAGCUAGAGCAUUUGCAGGGCUCUUCUCAUCUGCUUCCUGUCCACUGUCCUUCGUUGUCUCAUUGCUAGUCUCCUGAAACUGUUGUUUCACAUAUUUGGCUGAUUUUUGGGUUGUUUCAGGAGGGAGAAUAAAUCUGGUUCCUGUUAUUCCACUUAGCCUGAAGCAAAUUCCCAGAGAGUGUUUUUGAAUUGCUGAAUGAAUCUGCAAACAUGUGUGGAGAUAUUCUUUGAGACGUUAUACAAAUGUGCAUACCUUAGGAAGUUCCCAGCUCCCUCCCCGGCUUUGAAGCCAGUUGGUCAUUCACACCCUGCUAGACACACUGUUUGCAUGCAGAGCUCAUUAUACAGCUGGUGGCUCCCCAGCCAUAUGGUGGGCUUGUCUGAGUGCAGCUGGGCCCAUUCGUUUCCCCUGGUCAGUGCCUGGCCCGGAGUCUGGCGGCUGUCGUUGAGGUCAUGAGAGGUGGAGGGCAGGAGUCAUUGUACAGAGUUGCAGAGAAAAGAGGUCACUUAUGGUCAGAGGAGCAGCCUGCUUACCGAUUCCAGGUGGGGGCUGGGUACAUGAGUGAGGAGGUGCCUUCCCGUGACCCAGUGGGCCAGGACCUGGCUGCUGAAGAGGCCGAGGCAGUGCUGGGGCUGGACGCUGAUGGUGAACACAUGGUAAUGUUGUCUGUGAUUCCUGGGGAAGCCGAGGACAAACUGAGCCCAGAGCCCAGCAGCGGCACCUGCAGGGCUGGAGGGGAGGAGGACUCGAGGUGCAACCCCCGGGAGAGCCUCUUCUCUCUGGACAGCGCUGGAGCCAGCUUCCCGGAGAGAGAAGAGGAGUACUACGCAGAGCCCGAAGUGGUGGAAUCUGACCCCCCGCCGACAGAGGAUGCCAACACCACCGAAAGUCUGAAGUCCCCGAAGGUGAACUGCGAGGAGAGAAAUGUGACGGGAUUAGAAAAUUUCACUCUGAAAAUUUUAAAUAUGUCACAGGACCUUAUGGAUUUUCUCAACCCAAACGGUAGUGACUGCACUCUAGUCCUGUUUUACACCCCUUGGUGCCGGUUUUCUGCCAGUUUGGCCCCUCAUUUUAACUCUCUGCCCCGGGCGUUUCCAGCUCUUCACUUUUUGGCACUGGAUGCAUCUCAGCACAGCAGCCUUUCUACGAGGUUUGGCACUGUAGCUGUUCCUAACAUCUUGUUAUUUCAAGGGGCUAAACCAAUGGCUAGAUUUAAUCAUACAGACCGAACAUUGGAAACGCUGAAAAUCUUCAUUUUUAAUCAGACAGGUAUAGAAGCCAAGAAAAACGUGGUGGUAACUCAAGCUGACCAAAUAGGUCCUCUUCCCAGCACUUUGAUAAAAAAUGUAGACUGGUUGCUUGUAUUUUCCUUAUUCUUUUUAAUUAGUUUUAUUAUGUAUGCUACCGUUCGAACUGAGAGUAUUCGAUGGCUAAUUCCAGGACAAGAGCAGGAACAUGCGGAGUAGUGAUAAGACUCAAAGGAGAGUUGGAAAGAAGAAUUUCAAUCCUUCAUUUCAGAAAUUAACGCUGCAAUUUCAUACAUUUUCUCCAGCGAAGCGCUGACUUACAACUUCAGUCAGAUUGAAAGAAUCAUGUGUUUGUUGAACUGUUGAACGUGUAAAAAAUUAUAAACUGGUGUUUCUAACUAGUAUUGUAAUAAGCAAAUGCAAAAAUUGUCCAUAACAUUCAGUAAAAAUUCUUGUUUUUACUACUUGAACAUUACCCAGUACUUAAGGGGGUAAUCCAGUUUGACAUGUGAAGAUGUAUUUUGGUGGAAUAGUGAGUAGAAUGACAGUAUGCUUACUAUAUAGAGGCAGAAAUAGGACUUUCAGGUUAUAGUUUUAGAAAACUCUUGAUUUCUUGUAUAUGUCUGAGAAAGUUGGUUUUCUGUUCAUUUGCCAUUUCUCUCCCAGAGUCAGUAAGCAGGAAAGUGUUCUUUUAUGGGAAGAAUAAUUAGGAUCGAUCAGUGUGCCCUUUCAAGUAGCAACCAGUGGGAAAAUAAAGUCAAAUACCUUGGUGUUCAUGA